CUCGUCAGUCAUCCCACCGCAGCUGCCGACCUGAACGCUUCUUUCACGCUCCUUGUCCCGAAAGAAUUAUCAAGAUGACCAAAUCCUCUACAUCCGUAUCUUCUUUAAUGAUGGCAACGGCCUGUUGUUUCCUUAUGGCCACUACGGCCCAAGGGACAAUAAGUCCUUGGCUAAAUAGACCCCAGCAAUUUAAUCGUUUCUUCCUGGCCCGUCCAUUGCCGUCUGAGAAUAACUUUCAACUUGAUAACGAAUACGACGGUCGCCUUAUGGAGGAAAUACCAACGGAAAUUGUGAUAAACGGCCCGGAAGCUAGAGCGCCCGGUAGGUUGAAUAGGCCUAGUACCUUUUUGUCAUCAGGUGAUUCCAGCGCAUCUGGAGAAAGAACUUUUCAGGCGUUCGCCAAUCUCUUUGCUUCGAGGCAACUGUGCCCAACUUGUCCCGGUUGCCCGUCCUGUCCCAAUUGCCCCGCAUGCCCUUCAAAUACCUGCCCGGUAUGCCCGACGUGCACUCAGACUCAAUGCCCGCCAAUUCCGGCCGCAUGCCCCGGAACAACAAAUGCAGCUGACCCUAUUUUAAUGACAAUUAACGGCGCCACAGCUUGCACGGAUGCUGCCACGGGAGCCAACAACUUCGGUACUGGCGGCUGCACACGGGUAACAGCGGCGCCAACCGGAGUGUUCACCGUCUCCUUUACUGGUGGUGCCAAUGCCGCUGGUCCUUACCCAACGGCUUUCAUCGGUAUCGUGGCAACUUGUCCCAAUACCAAAAUCACAGUGAAAUGUGGAACAUUCGCGACAGCUGUGGUCACAACACAAACCAAAGCAAUCACAACGGGAGGUUCAGCCACGGAGGCUGGAUCUGCGAUGAUUACAGUUGGCCGAGGCACUCAAGCUAUCGACAGCGUCUCUUGUACUUGGACAGCAUCUGUUUAAAAAUUGAGGAGUACUAUUUCGUCGUCUUGGCUGAUGACCUUUUUGUUUAAGCCUUUAAAAAUACUGCUUUAUUCGAUUGGUUAGGUCUAACAGACAUUAUUUAGAUUACUUGUUCAGCUCGAAUUGUCCGGGAAUCUUAUAUUUGUAUGUGACUAUCUAUUCACGCUCUGGUGGUGGUUGAUUUCUUUAAAAAAAAUCACAAUAUACUGCACGUAAAAA